AUGGCCGAUCGCCCUCGGCCAACCACAAACGGAACCGGAGUCUCCCGCUCCCGCAACGGCGCCUCUUCUGCCGGCGUCCGUCGCAAUUUGUUCCAGAACCAGAACCAGUUGACCCGGCGACCUACCGCCGGUUCGACAUCUACGUCUGCCGAGACACUGCAUUUGGAUGCAGAUGUGUUAUCAGAUACAUCCGAGAUUGUCGUUCGUGAUAAGUACGGCGAAAUUGAGCUUGGAGACCCUCCGACGCCGAUGAUGGAGGAUGAGGAUGAGUUGCCGCUGGAUCACAGACAGGAGAGUGAGAAAGAGAGACAAAGACUAGCUGAAGCAGUCAAGCAUCAUCAGAUGAAUCGUCAUACAUUACACGAACAGCCUGAAGAACUACUCGAAGCUGUUAGGGCAAGUCUACGAGCCAAAGUAGCAGCUCUCACGGAAGACAAUUGGAUGUUUGAGCCAGAAGAACAGCCCCGUGGUUAA